AUGCGGCGGCAUUUCCACCAGUUUGACGAGGAAUUACAGGACAGUGAUCAGACUAUCUCGACGCCAGUGCGACAUCUGCAGCCCCGUACGCGUCUUCCCGUGGCUACUGAUACCAUCAAGAGCAGAAAUAGUACACGCUCAAGGUCUCCACGUCGUCAGUUUCUAAGCUCUGCUUUCUUCUCUGACACGACCGAUGACGACGUUUCACGGCCACUACCGGACUCUUCAAGGCGCUUCCAGCUCUCGACAAGUGGCUACAGUCGGUCAAAAUCAAUAGAAAGCAAUAGAAAACCUUUUCAUGUGAGUACAGGACCUAGAGAAGGCAGACGACACAGUGGAGGACAAUGGGGGACAAUGAGACUUCAUGUGGACGCUAUUCAAUUCCCUGCAACCCGUUCAGUGCUCUGGGAUCGACGUCGCCUGUCAGAUACACCGGCCAGUGUGUCAUUAAAGCAAGUUUUACCACGAUUUAUCGUUUUAGCAGAGACGUUAAAGGACAUAUACACGUUGUAUCAAGAGAAGAUUAGUGUACGAGGCAGUGGGGAUGCCGCUCUGUGCUAUCUCUACGGAGAUGCAACGACGCUGCGGACGAAAACAGUGGCUUUGAAAGGAGUGAAGCCCAAGAAGAAGGAUGCACUUGCAAUGGGGACAUGGUGUAUACCGGUACAUGCUAUUGCAGAUAGCAGCAAGUUGAGAGAUACGCAGGAAAGUUAUGUGGCUACAAUUGCAGCACUCCAGAGCAGUUAUCGGGACGAAUAUUCCGACAAUGUCGCCGCGAAGCUUCAGCUUAAGUUACUGGUACUUCGAUCCAAUGAUGCACGGCUAGAUGUUCAGCUGGAGUGUGUGGCGCCAUCGGUUCCAUUUAAUUUCUCUCUCAUACGGAACUUACCACUGCUCAUGACUCCUCUUGCUGUUAGUUUAGCAAGACGUGAAUUCAGUACGGAAUGUGGGAAUCUUCAAUCUGGGUAUCUCACUCUCGAUCAAACUCGUAAGGCGGUGCCUUUGCUAAAGGUAGAUCCUCUUGUGCUACAGCUACCUCUUGUCGGCGUUUGGGUCUAUGGUGUCCAGAUCGAUGACGCUUGGGACGAGGAGAUAGCGCGACAGCAGCUGGCUGAUCCGCUCUUGUAUUUUGCGUGCAUUAGCUACUUAACGUCACAGGCGAUAAGAGAGCGUGUGGGACCCGAGAAAAACACGUUCUUAGUAGCAUUGUAUCCUGCCAGUAACCCUGAUGGUGGCGGCGCUGUUGGGUCAUUGCCACGAUUUUUUGAGUGUAAGUUCUCCGAGCUUUUGUCGCCGCGGACUCAACCGUUCCCAAUUGAGCUAUAUUCACACCGACGGUCGUGCUUGGUUGGAGCAUCCAAGUUUUCAACUGAUGUGGAGCUUACUUUGUCUGCUGCACCCACGAGCGAGUGGGAAGACGCUAGACGCCAGGCGAAAAUUCCUACGGCUCCACGGUGCGAACAAAGCAAAGACAUGGCGCCUAAUACGGCUCAUGCAACUGUUAACACCCGAGGGUCAGAUUGUUUGCUGACAUCAAGUAAUAAAUCAGCAUACACGGAUGGUGAUGAGCACGAAGACUCGACGAGUGGCUGGACUAUUACCUCAGAUGCCAUUCGUACGGAUCCUGAUUCCCGGCACAGUCCACAGAGUCAGACGUCAAUGCAGGGUGAGCAAAAUACAAGCAAUGCAACACUCCCUGCCGAGUGUGGUGUGGCAAAUUCGAAAGAGAAUGUUGCAACCCGACUUAACAAUGUACACAACGUGACCUGCACGCAAGCUGCUAAACCUGUUUCGAACAUAUCUCCGUCGAACGAGACGAAAGACGCUUUUCAGCGCGAUUGGAAUGAUAACAGUACCCCCAAUUACCGGAGUUGCUGUAAAACGCAGCAGCUAUUGACAAUCCAGCACCAGCAAAUUCUUGAGAACCAACAGCGGCAAUUACAUGAGAUGCAAGAGCAAAUCGUACAGUUGCGGCGUCUUUUGAAUACAACGAGAAGCGAAGAAAAGAAAAAGACGAAUGUUGCCUUGAACGAUGAGGGUCGUUAUGGCUUUGACGCAAGCAGAUCAGGCGUUGGAGCAGAAGCUGAUGUCCCCGUCGUUUCCAGUAUACGAGGUCAACAGAAAAAUGGGCUCUCGGGCUCUCAGUUGUCACUCGUUUCAGCAACGCCCCGACAAAGUGAUGACGAGUCGUUUUCUGACAAGACGUCGGUUCACACUCACCACAACGAUGAAAACGUGCGCAAAGGAGACGGCAUGGACUUUUCAUUGAGCUCGUUGAGCUUAUCAUCAUUCAGCUGUGGCUCUGGAGCUGAUUUGUCGUCGCUGUCGUCGUCUCUUGUGAGCGAACAGCCAAAUGACCGUAGCUGUUCACAAAGUCAGAAGGAAGUAAUGGUCGAUGGCGAGCAAGUGGAAUCUGGUGCUCAAGGCUUAAACCAAUUUCAGUCGUCACAAUAUGACAAAAAAGAACCAAACCAAGACAGAACAGCUCAAGCGAGCAACAUCGACAGUCAAGAAGAGGAACUCAAUGAAAAUGUUGCCGAAGCGCGUGAAGGCACUGAUAACAGCACCAGUUCGCAUGAUCUAUCCAUUGACAAAUUGAGCACGUCUUCACACCAGGGAGCUGGCGAUAUGAAUGCUAGUGGUGACACUCACUCAAUUAUUGAGCGUCUUCUGUCUCCUGACGCAUAUCUCAGGAAGGUCGGAGGCUUUGUCGACCACCACGGUGGCUGCUUCACAACACCACCAUUGGAUUUCCACAGUUUUUGCGUGCCUCGGAUCAAAUUUUCGACCGAGGUUCCUGAGUGCGAUUCAGAUGAGGAGGAGAUCCGCCUUAUUGAGCAAAAGUAUAAGCGAUUGAUGGCGGCAUAA